GAUUUUGGAUUCGUGUUAAGUGGUUCUUGACACGUGUUACACAAACAACGAGGCAACGACUGCUUUUUGCGGAAAACCGACUCGCAAAAAAAAAAAAGGGUUCAAAUCAAAGACAUCUGUGAAGCUAAUGGGCUUGUAUACAAAAUCCAGUGGGCUUUUUAUAAACAAAAUUAGUGAGCUUUCAAUGAAUGGUAAGGGCUAAUUUUUGUAUAUACACUCUUCUACGCUAUCUUCCUCCAGCUAUCAUAUCAAAAACAAUAAGAAAGCAAAUGAUGAUUUCCGAUCUUCCACACGAUUUGGAAUCGGAAAUACUUUAUAGGGUUCCGGCGAAGUCUCUAGCAAAAUGGAAGACUACUUGCAAACGAUGGUACGCUUUAUUCAGAGAUCCGAGAUUCGUCAAGAAGAACUUUGGUAAAGCAGCAACAAGGGAAAUGAUCGUACUGAUGAAUUUGAGGCUUUAUUCAAACAGCGUCAAUCUCCAAGGGAUUAACCACAGAGUUGAUCCAGCUAUGGAGGUUACAGGUAAACUCAUCAAGCUAAAUGAUUCAGAAGCUGUUGACAUUUCUAAUAUCUUUUACUGCGACGGUUUGAUAUUAUGCACUACGGAGAGAAACACUAGACUUGUGGUUUGGAAUCCCUGUACCUGUGAAACUAGAUGUAUCAACCCCAGAAAAUGUUACCAGAAUAAUGAUAGGUAUGCUCUUGGAUACGGAAGCAGCACAUCUUGCCAUAGCUACAAAAUCUUGAGGUCGUGCAUUUAUUACAACGACCAAAACCUCAUGGAUGCUGAGUUUGAGAUCUAUGACUUUAGCACUAAUUCUUGGAGAGAUCUUGGUUACAUCACUCGUGACUUGGUCGUAUUUUCCAGUGGCAUGUCUUUGAAAGGAAAUGCUUACUGAGUUUCUGGAAAUAAAGAUAAUGGCUUUUUCUUGCAGUAUUUUGAUUUCAAGACAGAGAGAUUUGGGCGUCUCCCUCUUCCAUACCAGAGUUUUAAUGCUGAAGAUACCGCCGCUCUAUCAGUCGUUGGGGACGAAAAGCUUGUGGUGUUACACCAGAGUAUUCUUGCAUUUUCAGAUGAGAUGAGGAUUUGGGUCACAAAUAAGAUUGAUGAGGCCAAAGACUUGUCGUGGGGGAGCGACUUCCUCUGAACAGUGGAUUAUGGUAAAUUUAAUUUACCAUUUCUGGUGAAUGUGACAAGCUUCUUGUUGGAAGAGGAGAAUGAAGUGGCAGUGUGUUCUGACGUAGACAUGAAAGAUGGACGUAGGAGCAGAAUCUACAUUGUUGGAAAGGAUAUAUAUAUAUAUAAAGAAGUUUAUAAAGAAAGUACAAAGGGAUCAGAUAUCAAUUGGCCACUUCUCCUCAGUUAUGUUCCAAGCUUGGUUAACAUUCAGAAAAAUAUAUCCAAAAAGGCAGAAGAAAAUGAAAUCAAAAGGAUGUUAGUGGAAUGAAUUUCCUAGUUUCUUUCUUUCUUUCGUUUUUUGUUUUUUGUUUUACCCAAAAAGGCAGAAGAAAAUGAAAUCAAAGGAGGUUAGUCGAAUGA